CGGAGAUCAGAAACACAGAUCAGACAAGGACAAAGAUACCGGAUUGCACGGAGUAAAACACACAGCAGAUACAGCAUGGAGGACACCUUUCUGGAAAGUACCUGGGAAAGUAUCGAGCCUUCCUUGCAUAUUAUCCUGGGCGACGACAAAAAUUCGUCGUUGGACUCGUUGAUGUAUACCAACACGUACACGAAAGUGUAUAACUACUGCACGGCAUCAUCAAAAAGAUCACACAGAAACAGCAUUGGUGGCGGCAGCAACAGUAACUCCACUGUGCGUUUGGUGGGGAGUGAUUUAUACGAAAGGAUAAAAGAAUUUUUGAAAGACUAUUUGUUAAACGCCAAACAAAGAGAUAAUGAGUCCUUCGUCCAAUAUUAUAUCAGAUCAUGGCAAAGGUACUUGAUCGGAUCGAAGCGCUUAAACGAUGUGAUGGAUUAUCUAAAUAGAUACUGGGUGACAAAGGAGAGAUCAAGCGGGCAUCGUGAUGUUUACGAUAUUUUCAGUUUGUGUUUGUUAUCGUGGAGAGAUUACAAAUUUCACCCAAACUUGUCAAUAUUGAUGAACGAAAUAAUGGAGCAGAUACAAUUCAACAGGCAGGGUGUUGCCACAACAAUUAAAGAUUUGGAUAUCGCUAUCAAGUCUUUUGUCUUAUUGGGUUUUGAUGCCAAUGAUUUGAAGAAGCAAAACCUAUCUGUUUACAUCAACGAUUUCGAGAAAAGAUUCUUGACUGACACUCACAAUUUCUAUGCUUUGGAAUCUGCGCACUACAUUAAUGCAAAUGGUGUUGUCAAUUAUAUAAAUAAAGCGCUUCAAAGAAUUGAUGAAGAAAUGAAAAAUUUAGAAGAUUUGAACGAUCAUACACGGAAACCUUUGAACGAUGUUCUCAACAACGUUUUGAUCCAAGAUCACCAAGAAAAGAUAAGGAACGAGUUGCCCAACUUACUAGACCAGGAGCGUUAUGACGACAUCAAGAAAGUUAACAUACUCCUCAAAAGAGUACCUCUAACCUUACCGCCUUUGUUGGAAGUAUUUCAAAAAUACAUCGAAAACCAAGGUGCUGAAGAAAUUGUACAAUUCAAGAAAAAAGCAGACGAAGAGUUUAACCUUCUUAACGAAAGCUAUCUGAGUAGCAUAAAUAACAGCGCUAAUAAGUCUUCGAAAGUCAAAGUUAAGAAGCCGAUAGGAUCUAUUGAUCCAAACCUUUACAUCAAGUCAUUGUUGAAAGUAUAUAAGCAAUACAAAACAGUUGUCCAAGUCUCAUUUGACAAUAAUGCAGCAUUCACCAAAGCACUGGAUAGUGCGUCCCAAAAGUUUAUAAACUACAAUAUAAUUGCCACACCAACAUCCAGAUCAAAAUCCAAAACUCCCGAAUUGUUGGCAAAAUAUUGUGAUGAGUAUUUGAGAGGGAAGAGUGAUGAUAUGAACAUUGAUGAAAUUAUAACCAUUUUCAAAUUUUUGGAGGAUAAGGAAAGUUUUGAAAUUUGGUAUAGAAGAUGUUUAUCAAAGAGAUUGUUAUUCAACAAUUCGUCUCCUGAAGAUGAAGAGAACGAAGAGCUCAUAAUACAGAGACUGAAAACAGCCAACAGUGUUGAAUACACAAAUAAAAUCACAAACAUGUUCAACGAUAUAAGAGUUUCUAAGAAUCUCGGUGUCGCAUAUAAAGAUUUGGUAAGUAAGAAAAGCAUAGACUCCAAAGAAUGUGUUGGUGAUUUAGAGCCUAAAAUAUUGGAUACUGCGUCAUGGGGCUCAAUUUUCAGAAACAACAACGAGUCUUUCAUUUUACCAGCAGAGUUGAUUCCGACCGAAGAAUUGUUCACCAGGCUUUAUAAAGAAAGGCACAAUGGUAGACAGUUGAACUGGGUUUGGAACAGAUCCAAGAUUGAAAUCAAGGCGAAUAUUUCGAAACCUGGAAAGCCGCCAUAUUUAUUCACAGUCUCAUUAUUCCAGUACGCUAUAUUAUCAUGCUUCCAAGAAGAGGACUCUUUAAGUGCAGCUUAUCUAUUGGAAAAGACCGCGUUACCUGCAGAAGUUUUCAAGAAUCAUAUGGUUCCAUUUAUAAAGAAUAAGUUGAUCAUUCAAAACCCGAGCGGGGAGAAAAACUUGUUGAAGUCUACUACGAUGUUCACGAUUGUUACGGAGUAUACGUCUAAGAAGUUAAAGGUCAAUUUUUCGGCGGUCAAGCAGGUCGAUGCCCGUACUGAAGAUAAGGAGACCAAUGAGGAGAUUGAGAGACGUAAACACGAGUUGUUGAAAGCAGGGAUUGUCAGAAUCAUGAAGGCGAGAAAGCAUCUGAAGCACGAGAAUUUGAUAACCGAGGUGUAUCAAAUAAUCGACAGGUUUAAGCCAACAGUCAGUGAGAUCAAGAAAGCAAUCGAGGUUUUGUUGGACGAGCAGUACCUCGCCAGAGAUGAUGAUGGUACAGGGUACAAUUAUCUAUCGUAAUACUUCUUCUCCUGUAAUUUUUUAUGUAAUUUUUUAUUCUCUGCAGCACUAAUACAGUAUUCCGCCAUCAACUUGUAAGAUUCAAAGAAGCAU